UCAAGCCCAAGCUAGCCAAGGUAAGGUGUUCAAGUGUCAAAUGGAAAGAGUUCCAGAGGAACGAAACGAAACCUAGGUUCACUUUCCCUGCAGAGCAGCAACCUUCUCUCCAACGUUUCUCGACUUAUGUAGCAACGUGGCACGAGAACAGUGUGACUGGGGCGAAUGACUGACUGGACUAUUCCGGAAUUUACCAAUAGUAUUUAUUUGAUUGAGGAGGAAUUUAGUGGACAUCUGUACUUUCUACUCUGCCAGAGUCAGAUCACAGUGUAUGCUGACUGAUUUCAGUAGUUGAUUGCUGAGUCCCACCACCCUUUCGAUGCCUCCCAAGUCGAAAAAAGAGGAAGAGCCCAUCAAACAAUGGGUGGCGAUUGCACCAGAGGCCUGUCGGCUUGGUGUCAAAUCCACGGAUGAGGAGUCGGCCGCAUUCCACACGCUUCCGCAUCCGAAGAGUGGUGAUGCAACACUGUAUCUAUUCUCUCCGGACUGUAAGACGGUUUGUGAACUAAUGAAGUUCCAGAAUGAGCCGAGGAGUUGGUUCAUCGGCGAAACAGUGCAGAAAGAUGGCUCGCUUUUCGUGAUGACGCCCAUCGAUCCUCUUUUCCUGAUGCUGCCAUUUCUGGUCACAGCUGCUGAGGAGAGCACGCGGUUCUCGCUGCCAGAUCAGAUUCUAGAAAACUCCGAGUACCCGGCGGCUGGGAAACUGCUUCAGGCAACCAGCCUGUCACAGGUGGAGAUGGUGUGCGAUAUGAAAGGCAGCGGAGAGUAUCAAGGCUGCCGUCUAAAUCAGUCCAAGCUCGAGCUGUGGCUAAAAGCUAAGGUGGAGCAGCUUGUCUCCCAGCUGAGGCUGUCCAAGGUCAAUGUAACGUCGGGUGCCGCGGCUGCAACGUACGUACGCACGUCCACUCAGCAUCCGCAGGCUACUCAAGAAGAAUACUGUUACUACGCGUCUGGUUUGCUGUCAAGCUAUCUAUCCGAUAAGCACGUUGAAAUCCUCACGAAACUCUACCCAGUACCGGCAGCUAAAUCGGAAGGGGCAAGUCAAGACGAAGAUGGAGAGGAUGAUAGCUUGGAGCCCGCAGCCAAGCGUGUGAAACGCGCGGCAGACGACUCACUGACACCGGGCAAACUGGACGACUACCGGGAUCACGAUGCCCCGCAGCCAGUAUCAGCCAAGAAAUCUCAGACCGCUGCACAGAAGAAACUCAGCAAAGUGGACAAGAGUGGCAUGAAGUCGAUGACAUCGUUCUUUGGCAAGAAGCCUGCCAAGUAACUGCUACACUUGUGAGUGGUAUUUACGUAUUGGCGUUUGUCUGCUGGACGUGUAUUCUCCGAGAACAACCGGAACAGCCUGGAAUGCACUACGCGUAUUCAUUUGCUUUCACUACCUUGGUUGCUCCUCACGUUUGGCUCGGAACGCUCGUUCUCCUGAAUCUCGCCACUUAGUGUGAGCGGCUGUCGAGCUGUUGGCAUCAUAGCAAUCACAGACGUGCACUGCUGUCCACUGUCUGUGACUGUCUGUGACUGGUUAUGUACCUACAUCGCCAGCACACACUCCACGUGGCCACACAAGACUGCACCGAUCGGCACUGCAUGCGCCAUUAUUGAUGUGCAGAAACUACCAGGCAUUCAACCACGCAGCCACGGCGGCUCUCAUUCUCGUUGAGGUGAUGCUACAAAUAAUCUUGUGAUUGUUAUAAUGUCGCACCACCUUCUUUCGAAGGACAUUUGAAAUCUUCUCACCAUCACGAAAUGUUUGAAAAGAUAUCUUUUCGUGUAAAAAAAGUUUUAAUCAAGAUGUUUAUAAUAGGCUUCGUAAUGCACGUACUUGUAAAUACGGACGUUGGUUUUUUAUGUAUCAAUGUAUUUCUCAAAAUACUCGCAAGGCCUAUUAUAGUACUAGUAGAGAAUUCAAAUUAUUAAAAUAUUCUUGAUAUCGCAGGUCGCAUUCAUGUCAGAGAGCAUGGCGAAGUGACAAAGGUGCAGCAUGACAUUGGAAAUUGGAUGAAAAUGGUGAGAAAACACCGUCCAACCAUGUA